CUGAUCACCUUCUCUCUGUCAACCAGGUCACCACCUCCACAGGCACCAAGUGCUUCUCGUGUCGCUCGGCGGCAGAACGCGACAAAUGGAUGGAGAACCUUCGGCGAGCCGUCCACCCCAACAAGGACAACAGUCGGCGGCUGGAGAACGUGCUGACGGUGUGGGUGAUUGAGGCCAAAGACCUGCCAGCUAAGAAAAGGUACUUCUGCGAGCUGUGUCUGGAUGACAGCCUGUAUGCUCGGACCUCCUGCAAGCUGAAGACGGACAACAUUUUCUGGGGCGAGCGCUUCGACUUCAGCAGCCUGCCCUCCGUCUCGUCUAUCACGCUCCACUUGUAUAAGGACACGGACCGCAAAAGGAAGAAAGACAAGAGCAGCUAUGUGGGCCUGGUCAACAUCCCCGCUGUCACGGUAACAGGCAGGCAGCUGGUGGAGAAGUGGUACUCUGUGAGCACGCCCAGUACGCUCCGAGCCAAGUCGUCGGUUCCGACAGUCCGGGUCAAAGCUCGCUAUCAGAGUAUCAUCAUCCUGCCGAUGGAGCAGUACAAAGAAUUUGCAGAGUACAUCAGCGCCAACUACCUGCUGCUCUGCUCCACCCUGGAGGCCUCCAUCAGCCUGAGGGCCAAGGAGGAGCUCGCUGCGGCUCUGGUUCACAUCCUGCACAGCACGGGAAAGGCCAAGGACUUCCUGACAGAUCUGAUGAUGUCUGAGGUGGACCGUUGCCAUGACAAUGAUCACCUGAUCUUCAGAGAGAACACGCUGGCCACUAAAAGUAUUGAGGAAUACCUGAAACUGAUUGGACAGAAGUACCUGCAGGACGCCCUUGGUGAAUUCAUCAAAGCUCUCUACGAGUCUGAUGAGAACUGUGAGGUGGACCCGUCUCGCUGUGCAGCCUCCGACCUGGCGGAACAUCAGGCCAACCUGAGGAUGUGCUGCGAACUGGCCUUCUGCAAGAUCCUGGACUCCUACAGGGUCUUCCCACGGGAGCUUAAGGAGGUGUUUGCGUCGUGGCGUCAGGAGUGCUGUAACCGGGGGCGACCAGAUAUCAGUGAGCGGCUCAUCAGCGCCUCGUUGUUCCUCCGCUUCCUGUGUCCAGCUGUGAUGUCACCAUCACUGUUUGACCUCACACAAGAGUACCCCGACGAACGCACGGCCAGAACCCUCACCCUGAUCGCCAAAGUCAUCCAGAACCUCGCCAACUUCACCAAGUUCGGCACUAAGGAGGAGUACAUGCUGUUCAUGAAUGACUUUGUGGAGCGCCAGUGGAGCAGCAUGCAGCGCUUCCUGCAGGAGAUCUCCAACCCUGACGGCCUGAACCACACCGCCGGCUUCGAUGGCUACAUCGACCUGGGCAGGGAGCUGAGCAGCCUACACACUCUGCUGACCGAGCUUGACCAGGCCUGUCUGUCCAAACUCGGUCCGCUUCCCCGGAUCCUCAGAGACGUGUCGGCCGCCCUCGUCCACCCUGGAGGCAUAGUUGGAGUGGGGGGAGCGUCCGUUUCCUCUCCAGAGCCUCAGAGGGUGGUGUCCCCACCCCCCAUGUCUCCGCCCCCCCUCUCACCCCCCCUGUCUCCGCCUCUGGCUGCCUGUAAUCCCUCGGUUGGCCUGCAGGGUGGGGUGGGAUUGGAUGGAGGCUGUGUGGAUUUCACCAGACUUCCGUCACCGACUCCAGAGAACAAAGAUCUGUUCUUCGUCACCAAAGGAUCCAGCUUGCAGCCUGCAUCAGGUCUCCGAGGAUCUCCAGCUCCAAGCUCCUCCUACUCUGAACCCAACGAGAACGAAGCCGGCUACGAUUUGUCCAACGGGAGCCGCAGAGACGGCGCCGAGCUGACCAGCGAGAGCCGCAGCCGCUCUCUGGUGGACCUGCAGGACUCGUCUCCCAGCGACGGGCUGGAGGACGGACAAUGGCAGCGCAGGACGGGUCUCCUCCCGCUUUCCUUCCAGAACCCCGUCUACCACAUGACCGCCACGUCCCCCCUGCAGCCGCAGCAGGCUGAGGCCACGCCCUCGGACGGCUCGGUGGGUUCCCAGGGAAACUGUGAGGACAGGAGCAGCAUGGCCACCAAGCCGGCUUUUCUCACCCAGAUGUCUGUGGGUGUAGGAGGGGGGGAGAGGGGGGAGAGGAUGUCGGCCAUGUCCAGCAGCAGCAGCGGCGAGGAAUAUUCCCGACGAGCUCUGUCUCUCACCGACACGCUCACAGGUGGCUCAGCCCCGCCGCGGCAGAACUCUGGUCCCCAGAGACGCAUCGAUCAGCCUCCCCCGCCUGCCUCUGCUCCACCCGGCCCUCCUCGAGGUCGCACACCUCCCAGCAUGCUCAGUGGAGGAGGCUCCGCCUACCCUACGCGCCCCGCCUCCGGCAGUAUGAUGUCAUCCAGUCCUGAUUGGCCAAACAGCGGACAGUCGCGACUGAGACAGAUGUCCUCAUCGUCUAAAGGAGACAGCCCAGAGAAGCAGCGCUCUGCUGCCAAGGCUCCGUCUCCCUGUGCGUUGGACCGAACCGCCGCAUGGCUGCUCAACAUGAACUCUGCGUCCUCGUACGGUGAGGCAGAGGACGAUCGCCAUGACGACGCUUUGGUGGAGAAGUACCAGCAGGAGAUCGCUCUGCUUCAGGAGAAGCUGCGGCUGGCGGCGCUGCGUCAGGAGGAGUGUGAAGCUCGUCUGAUGGUCCAGGACCAACAGAACCAACGGAUGCUGCAGGAGUACCAGACACGGCUGGAGGACACAGAGAGCCGACUGAGGAGACUACAGGAUGACAAAGACCUCCAGAUGAACAGCAUCAUCAGCAGGCUGAUGGCGGUAGAAGAAGAGCUAAAGAAGGAUCACUCUGACAUGCAGGCCGUGGUGGACCAGAAGCAGAAGGUCAUUGAGGCCCAGGAGAAGAGAAUCGCCAGUCUGGACGCAGCCAACACCCGUCUGAUGGCGGCGCUGACCCAGCUGAAGGAACGAUACGGCGUGACAUCACAGAGGAACGGCCUGUCUCCUAGCAACACGUCAUCUCUGCAGAUAACUGAGAACGGGGAGUUCCGUAACUCCGGCAACUGCUGA